AUGGAUAACAUGUCUUAUCCUCUGUUACUGACACUUAUGGUGCCAAAAGAAACUAAAUCAUAUAGACAUGUAUAUUUUAUUUGCUUUCUUGCCUUAUAUCUAAUUAUAUUGUCGAUUAAUAUACGUCUUGUUGUGGUCAUUAUAAUGGAGAAAGCUCUUCAUGAACCAAUGUACAUAUUCUUAUGUCAUUUGUGUAUAAAUGGGGUUUUUGGAGCCUCUGGAUUCUACCCUAAAUUUCUGUCUGAUUUAAUAUUUGACUCAUAUGUGAUCUCCUCUAAUAUGUGUACUUUGCAAACCUUUGUUAUCUAUAGCUCUUUACUUUCUGACAACACAAUAUUAACAGUGAUGUCUUAUGAUAGAUAUGUAGCCAUAUGCAAACCUUUAGAGUAUCAUUCCAAAUUAACUAAAAACACCUGUGUGAAACUAAUUCUGUUCUCAUGGAUUGUUCCUAACUCGUUGACAUUUGCAACAGUCCUAUUAUCAAAGUUGAGGCCCUUUUGUAAAUAUCACAUUGACAAAUUAUAUUGUGACAACUGGUCAAUUGUAAAACUGUCUUGUGCACCCUCGUUUGUUAAUAAUGUCUUUGGAUAUGCCAUUACUGUUUUAUUUUUGAGCUUUAUAGGUUUUAUAAUUGUGUCUUAUAUUAAACUGAUCUCUGCAUGUAAAGCAUCUUUAGAAAACAGAAGGAAAUUCUGGCAAACAUGUUUGCCACAUAUAAUUUCACUUAUAAAUGUCACUAUUGCUAUGCUUUUUGAUAUCUUGUAUAGUAGAUAUGGUGCAAAUGAUAUUUCAGAGAGUUUGCGUAAUUUUUUGGCUCUUGAACUGGUGAUAGUCCCACCUGUGUUCAAUCCUCUAAUCUAUGGGUUAAAUAUUAGAGCAGUGCGCACAAGAGUUUUCACUUCAUGUGUUGCAUCAAAAGUAAAUGUUUCACAAAACAUCAUAACUUAA